AACGACGUCGUUUUAGAGCUAAAGAGCUUCACACUCUCGUCUCUCUCGCGCUCUGCGUCGAUUACAGUUUCUUCAGCCUGCAACUCAAGAAUGCUUCACUCUCUCGUUCAAACCACUCUCCCUUCGCCUUGCCAAUUCACCUACUUCCGCUUCAACUUACAAAGUCUCCAUUCGAUCAAUCUUCUUCCUAAAACCCUUUUCCCUGAUUUUGGACGCGAAGCCAAAAAUUCGUUCAAAACAUUCAUCAUUUUCCACAAAAGAUUCAAUAAAUCCCGCUCCAACAGGCUCAAUUCGUCGAUCAUCGCUCACGCUUCUUUAAUCGAGGCGCCGAUUUUGUGGGCUGGAAGACUUUGCAUCUUCUAUGCCCUUCUUAGAGUUGGUUUAGCUGGAUCUCAAUCUAAUCCACUUGUUUCAGGUUGUGUUCUUCAUCUGUGUUUCUUCAUUUCUAGGCUGUUGAAUGUUUUUAUUGGGAAAUCUUGUGUUUGUGAUUGUUUUUCUUCUCCAGAUUUGGAAUUCUCCGAUGGGGAAAGUAUCAGUGAUUUGGGGUUUUCUAAGUGGUUGGAAGUUGUAAGAGGAAAGCCAGUGGAUGAAGCAGUUGAUAAAAGGAAACUAGUGAGCAAAUGGCAUCCUACCACAAAGGGUACCCUCAGAAGGAACUACCGGGUACCUUCGAAAUCCGAAGGACGACGCCUUCUUAAAGCCAUCGCAUCCCUCCUUUCCGAUGACGACCACUUCAUCGACGCCACUUCCCACAAGGGUUGUCAGAUCAGGAGGGAAAGUGCUCAUGGGGAGAGUGUUUGCUGCAACAAUGUGAGAGCUCUGUUUGAUGAGCUUCCAACCCCACAUCUUAUUGUGGAAAUAACUCCAUUCCCUGCGGGGCCUCUCAAUCAAAAGGAUUACACCAAGGCUGAGAAACUAGAGAGAGUGCUCAGAUCUGGCCCUUCUGUUUGAGAUACUCCUUUUACACCUCCCUGUAUUUUAUAUCUCAGCUUCUCUGUAUAGCACUCAAACGAAUCAAUCUCGAUCGGGACAUCGUUUUAGACAUUAUACUAGCGGUUUCUAUUUGACUUAAAA